CCUCAUUCGACUCCGAGCCCCGAUUGGAUUCGGGACUUAAAAGGCCGCCAGCUUCUCCAUCCCGGCAUAUAAAGCUGAUCUGCGAGGCUUGAAUCUCAUCAAGAUACAUACAAUCCGUAGCUUCUCAUAUACAGCACAAUUCAUCAUGGUGUCCAAGACUACGUCUUCCGCGCUGUCAAAUGCGUCCUUUGUCCUUGCGGCUCUCACAGCCGGCGGCGGCGCAAUUGGCUAUGCUAAGACGGGCUCUGUUCCCUCAAUCGCCGCCGGCGGUCUCGUUGGUCUCUUGUACGGUCUCGGCGGAUAUCGCAUUGCCAAUGGUCAGCCUUACGGUGUGGAGUUGAGUCUGCUCGCCUCGGUUGUUCUCGGAGCUUCAGCUUUCCCUCGAGCGAUCCGUCUGAGGAAACCUGUACCUAUUUUCCUCAGCAUCCUGUCCGCUUACGGUCUCUUCACCUUUGGCACUGCCCUGCGCAGAGCUUAAUUGGAUGGAGGAAUGUCUGUGUGUUUAUGUAUUGGUGGAUAUGUAGCUGGUAAAAGCCUCAGCAAUUCGACAGUCCCAAAUCAAGGCUUUCUUUCUUUCAAGCGGUGUCCUGAUCCAUCGGCUGCCCUGCUUUGCGCUCCAUGAGAAUAUAUAUGUACAUUGACAAGACGUAGCGCCUAUCUUCCGGCUGCCCGUCUUAUUCCCCCAACGCCGGUCAUAAAUGAUACUAGAUGGUGAUAAUGUACAAAAUAAAAAGUAUUUGAAUGUAGAAAUGAGUUGAGAAUGCGGCGAAAUGGAGAGAACUCGGGUACGUCCAUCGGUAUCUCUUAUAGACUAAGCGC